CCAGUGGCGCGUGAGGACGAUUAAAACCUACAAACCAUGAUUGCAAACACCUAUUUUAAACAUAUUACAUACAUCGUACAUCUUCCCAGGGCGAUCUAGAUGGGAUGCAAUUAAGUGACGUGUCACCACUGAUAUCUUAUGAAACCGGAAAGAUAAAAACAUUGCGAAUAUGUUUAGCGCAUUUUCCGGAUUGCUUCAUUUUAUUUGGUAGCUUUGAGAAAGCAACGCACACUUUACUACCGACGAGCAAGACACGAACUGGCCACCUAGAGCCGUUUUGUGGAAUUUAUGGUGAAAUUUCCAUAUUGACAUUACCAUUUGGAUGGACUACUGUUUGGAUUUUUCUACGAUUAGACUUGCCUUGGCAUUCGAGAUGGGCUAUUUGACGUCACUGUUACAAAUCGUUGCUGCGGUCCAGUUGAGCCUUUUACCUGCACAGAGUUCUUCCUUAGUAAACAUAAACAGCACUGCUAAAGUGAUGCUGUUUCAAGAGGUUUGGGGGAAAAGCUUCUGCCGCACUAUAGAGAACUUAGUGGAAGUGGUUCAGGAGUACCCUGGGGAGGUGGAGCAUAUUUUCAGCCCCGCCUGCGUGCCAUUGGUCCGCUGCGCUGGUUGCUGUGGAGAUGAGAAUCUGGAGUGUCACCCUACGCUCACUUCUAACACCACCAUGCAAUUGUUAAAGAUCAGUCCAGCAGAGCAGGGCCAGGAAUAUGUGGAGAUGACCUUUGUGGAGCACAAAGCCUGUGAAUGUAGACUAAGAAAACAUACAACAAAACAAGACAGAUGGAAACCCAGAAACAGAGGGAGAAAAAGGAAGGAGAAAAAGAGAGCGAAAGAUUGUGACAAGUGUCAGCCUCCCCGUAGAUAAACACUGUCUCGCCGUGAUGCCAGCCAAUCGUGUGCAUCCGCCCCCUUCUGUGCGACCCUCACCGUCAUCAUCGUGAACUUAUGGAUACUGCCACUGCUCUGCACCCCACCAUCCCAGAUGCAGAGUUGUUAUGGUGAUGGGGCUUCUGUCAGCACAUGGGGGCCUUCCAGUCAUCUGUACAGGAAACUCGUGUUGUGCAGCUCUCUACAGAAGAAAAACAACCGAAGACCAAACCUAAAAUCUGGGACUGAAUUAAACCCUAUGGACUUAUAAUAUUAUAAUAUAAUAAGAUUGUUAUUUUAAUGUUUUAUAUUAGUUGUAGUGAAAGUAAUAUAGUAAUAGUAGUGGUAGUACUGGUUUCGCUACCAGCUUUUCCAAGUUUUCCCCUUUUAUUUAUUAAAAUCCACUGAAGUAAAACUGGUGCAUUCCAUUAAUCAAUAUAUUAACAAAGCCAUUGUGUAUUUGUUCAUAAAUCCAGAAGGAAGCGCAGAACAAAAUGUCAUCUCUUUAGAUUAUGUUACUGCUAUGCUAAGACUAUAUUACACUUUAAUUUUGUGAAAACCAUGUUAGACAAUCUUUUCAUACAUAGUAUUUUCUGUUUAUGUUCUAAAGCUUCUCUGUGGCUUUAGCCCUCGACUUGAGCAUUAAAUUGACAUACUGACCUCUAGUGGUAAUAAUAAAAUAAUUAUGUUCACAAUGUGUUCUUCGAAUAAUACUGAUCUGAAAGCCAUCCCAUUAUAAAAUAUAUCACUAUAAUAUUUCUACUUUGGCAAAACUAAAAGAUUUGAUGUGUGCAGUGUGUAAGGACAAAGACUUUGCUCUGAAAGGGCCAGUCAACAGGAACCGAGACGGACGUUCAUUACGAUAUGAGUGAAUGUUGGUGUUUUGAAUUAUUGUUUUGUCAGUGAAAAUGACAGAAUUUCCACACUUUGGACUCAGGUCUAUAAAGUGCCGGAAUUAAACCAAAGAAGCAUUAUUAUCUAUGCUGCUGACCCUAAAUAUAAAUACAAUAGUUUUCAC